AUGAUCCUGAACCGAUCUUACCUGAGAUCGCAAAUCCCAAGUUUGUUUAGCCGCGCCCAUUUGCGAUUUGAUAAGACCUUUUCUCGUCUCCAUUUUCGUGAAACUAUUCCUCAAGCAAGGCAGCCGAUAAGUCAUCGAAGGGUUUGUGUGAAUAAUCGAAUGGUAAGCAUUACUCGUUUGAAAGUUUCCCACGGUGAUCUAAUCUCUUUUCAAGAAAAUGACGCGAGAAUCCGCGGUGAAGAAAUAAGGAGAUCUUUCUAUAUCGAAAUAUCAGUUGAAAAAAUAAUAGGCAAAUUCCUGGAUCACCCGGUAAGAAUGUGGAGAAGAACCAAAACAGAAUGGUUCCACCUACUAAAAACUAAGCGGGGAUGCCGCCUACUACUAAAAUCCCGGUUUUUGCAACAACAGUUGCGUUAUUCUAUGCAAGAAGAAGACUUUGAAAGAACAAAGAAGUUUGGAUCCGAAAAAGUAUGCUUAGGCAGUUCCUUCGCUGAGCACAACAGAAUGAAGAGGAAUUUGUAUCAUUUCAAAUCCCUAUUCUUAUCGAAGAGAAGAAACGAGAAAAACCGAUAUCUUCCUACUCGAACAAGAAGUCCUAUAGUUUACAACUCUUCUUUAUAUAGUAAUUCGACCUAUUGCUCCUCAUCCCCCCAUCAGUUUACUAUGAAGAGAAGAAUCAAAAGGAUCGAACUACCUACCCAUUAUUCGGAGGUGAAUCAUAGAACACCAAAAGCGGUGGUAUUUUAUGGACCUAACAUAGGUCACAUCCCUCACGACAUAAGAUUGAAAGAUCCAAACCUUCCUCUUCGGAGCGGAAACGGACGUGGCCAAAACAUAUAAAGAUCGGCGUAGUCGCUCAUAGGGACAUAUCUAUCCGGAUAGAGGAUAGUCUAGAUCGAUUCAUAGAUAGAUUUCUAUCCAUAUAGAUAGGUAUCUCCGUGGAUAGAGAUAAAGAUAGGGAUCCAUCUAGAUCUUGCUUGAUUCACUAUUUCCAUUUUUUUCUUGAUUCUGAUUGAUUGCCUUUUUGACGACAAGUUUUAAAUCUUAAUGCAGGCAAGGUACGUAGUUCUCGACCGUAAGGGAGAAGGAA